AUCAGUUUUAAUCAAGACAUUGUUCAACAAUGCAUAGUGGAAUAAUAUUUUUAAGUUUAAUUACUUUAUCUUUUGGAGCUUCGAUUGCAAAUAAUAAUUCUGAGAGAAAUGUUCGAAUUGUUGGUGGUGAAAAAGCAAUUGAAGGUCAAUUUCCUUACAUGGUUUCAUUAAGACCUUCCUAUACCAGACAUGAACAUGGAUGUGGUGGUUUCAUUAUAAGUUCAAGAUGGAUUGGAUCUGUUGCCCAUUGCAUGAUUAAUCCGAUAGCAAAACUUUUGACUUUAGCUGUUGUUGGAACUGUAAGAACAAGUGUCGGUGGAACAUUUUAUAGAUUUGCGAUGUGGUUCAACCAUCCGGAAUAUAAUAUUUUCGAGAGGAAAAAUGAUAUUGGCGUUGGUCGAACACGAUCAACAAUAACUUUCACUCCAUUGAUUCAACCAAUACCACUAGGGUCAGAUUUUGUGGGUGCAGGUGUUAAAGCCGUCAUUUCUGGUUGGGGAACUUUAGAUGAACCUUUGCCAAUUGGUCAGUUCGCUGAAGAUCUUCAUUGGGUGACAUUAACAACAAUCACAAAUGAAGAUUGCAUAAAUUUAAUGAUUCCUGAAGAGCGACAUCGAAUCUAUGAUGAGAAUAUUUGUACGUAUGAUGGUCCAGGGAUCGGUGCAUGUAAUGGUGAUUCUGGUUCUCCAUUAACUGCAAAUGGUUUUGUGAUUGGCGCGGUAUCUUGGGCACUUCCAUGUGCUCGUGGAACAUCUGAAGUUUAUCCAAGAAUUUCAUCAUAUCGACCUUGGAUAAUGAGUUUGAUAUCAAGAGACGAAUAAGGAAGAAUCACAAUUUAUCUUCACUCAAAAUUUGUCAGAAAUUCAAUGGUAGAUAUUUGUGUAAACAACGACAUAAUGAUUUCAAUUUGUUACUCAUUUCAUUAUAAACAUCAACACAAUAAAAUUACAAAUUAACUUU